AUGGGGCACACAGACUCCACAUUCAACACCUCGAAGGAUUUCCUUCCGAGACCUCCCAAGGGCGUCCUCCGGCCUCCCGACUGGCCACCGCGACCGGACGUGUUCGAUGAAGUGACGCUAGGCCCUUUCGUAUCCAAGACGGCCGCGACUCUGGCCUAUCGGGUGUGGUCUGCCCCCGAUCAAGCCUUGGGGGAAGUAUGGAAACGAUGGGGACAGGAUCCAGAGCGCCCAUUCGAGCGCCCAUACCCUCGACCCCCCAAUGACUUGGACCUCCAUGUCCUUGCAAACAAUGUAUAUGAGCAUUUGAUGAGUGACCCUCUUCUUCCCAUUCCUCUUGGAUAUGCAGAUCAAUUGUACUCGGCUCAGGGCCUGGAUCAGCGGUUUGCCAUCGGGGAUGUUCUGGAGCCCAUGCGGGAGAAGAUUCUGGAUGAAUGUGGUGUGGGCGACCUAUCUUCUUGGAGUAUAGACGCAGUUAGAUCAUAUUUGAAAAAGCGAAAACUGUCCACCAGAGGAAAACGAGCAGAGCUCGAAUCUCGCGUUUAUGAUUAUGAACUGGGGCAUUUCUGUGGAAUGAUGCCACGGAGCAACCUUUCCACCUGGGGUAUGGAGCAAGAGGGGAUGUAUCGGCUGCAGCCGUCAGACAAAUCCCGAAUGUCCGCCCUAGAGAUGUACACGUUUGCCAUUCAUCUAAGCCCAUAUAAUCCGACUUACUGGGUCAGUCGGGCCUACUGUCACUACUUGCUGGGGUUUUUCGACCUUGCCAUUGGAGAUGCCCACCGUGGGCGGCUUCUCUGUGAUGUUCUCGAGCAAUCUGAAGAGCGUAAUCGGCGCCCUGGGCUCUAUCCACGGAUUUGGCACGCCAUUGAGCAGCACCUUCUGGCUGAACCUCGACAAGAUGGGAACCUGAAGCCCGAGGUGGUUCGGAUGCGCAAACAGAAUGGCAUCAAUGCCUUUGUGCCUACUUUGCAGAAAGCUCUUCACAAUACCAUCAUACUAAGCCUCGCAGCACUCAACUCCUGGGAAGACUUUGAUAACCAGAAUAAGAUUCUCGCCUAUAGGUUGGGCAUGCCGUGGCGCGAUCGAAAAGUGCCGAAAUUCCGCGCAGAAGUCACACGCACGGUCUCUCAGUCCUAUAUCGAGAAAAACAGAAAACGUCAGAGACUCUUCUUCCACGAAGGAAAUGCAGGCGCGAUCGUGGCUGAGAAAAGGUAUCCAUUUGAGGAUAAAGAUAUCCGGCGAAGCGAGCAAAUGUUCCUGGAGGCCAUUAACGAAAAUAUCUUUCAAGGCUCCGAAGACCCUCCAUUUGUAAGCUCUUGCAUGGCAAACCUGAGUCACAGCGGAGGACUGGGAGUUUUUGCGGUGGAAAAUAUCAGAGUCAACCAACUCAUAUACUACGAAGAGCCAACGAUUCGAGGGCAUCUUCCACCACGACGUAUGAAAAAUGAUCAAUCCAACCUUGAUGCUGAUCAAGCCCGGUGUGAUAACUGUAUGAAGAUACUAAAAAAAGCACCAAAAAGAUCUUCACGCAUCGCCCCCACCCAGGCUGAGCAUGGGACUGCUACGUGCGAGUGUUUUGACAUAUGGACGCGCAAGCCAGGCACCCACGGUCCUGCAUACUGCAAGCCCGACAAAAGCAAUGCAUCUGAAUUAUCCUGCUUGCAGAUUGCACGUAAUUUACACCAUUUCAGCAGCUGUGGGAAAGACUGGCGAUGGCUGUAUGAUACCAUGCGGCCCGUUAUCCAGGAAUGGAAGAAACUCGAGCAUAUUUCCCAUACAAACGAAAUACACGGGACCAUGCUGAGUCUCCUGUUAAAGAAUGUUUUUGAGAUAACUCUUCACCGCCGUCAAUAUGAUCCACAGCUGAAUGCACAUGAGAUUGACGAGCUCCUCGUGCUUGAUGGAGGGAGUGAGUCUUGGAGAGCAAGCUACUUUCCAUUUAACAUGGCUGCCAACAUUAUCGUACCGUUCGAUAUCCUCACAUGCCUGGGUGUUGAUAUCUUCCGGGACUUAACAUUUGACACAUGGGUUAUUCAGAUCAUUUUGCGUAAGUUGCUUGUCAAUGCCGUGCCUUGGGACAGCGUUCGCCAGGGAGAAGUACCGGACAGAUAUAAAGAAGAUAGCCAUAAGAAAAUAAUUGAUCCAGCGGCUCAGGAUGAACGAAUUCAAGCUAAGAAGCCGUUCGACGGUUUGGAUCCCUCUUUUAUGAAUCUGUAUCUCUUCCCGGGGCUUGGUCUGUUUAACCAUUCCUGCCGAGGCGAAAACAAUGCCGAAUGGGGCUACGACCCACAGGUUCCCAAUCGGAUCCUCAUAUGGGCGACCAAAGACAUCAGCGCAGAGGACGAAAUACGCAUCCGAUACCGGCACAACAAGAUAAAAUCUAGACGCUGCGCCAUGCGUUUCUUUGGGGAGCUCUGCAAAUGUGAUUCCUGCACUGGGGAGCUCCCGAAUGACUCGAGCACCGAGGGAAGUGUUGCAAGCGACGAGAGUCAAAACACUUCUUACGAAAUAGAUGGUGAUUCUGAAUCUGACAGCGAGCGGAAUUUUAUUACCAGUCCUUCAGAGAGCCCACAUGUUCAAAGCUUAGCUCAAGACUUAGAUACAGAACGCAAGGAAUACUUUGCAGUCGAGGACGACAAAGUGGUGAUUUAUCGUUCACUAGAGGGACCCCCUGCAUUAAGCGGCAAUGAGCAAAGGAAAAGAAGGGCCGACGAACAAGCUAGCCAAAAUUCCAUGGGCUCGCUGUUCAGUGACUUCAGUGGUGACUAUGAUCAUGAAGAUACACCAGAGGAAGCAGAAGAGCGAGCAAGAAAGAUUCGAGUGGCAAGAGAGACGAUGAGGGAAAGAUUCAAUACGACAAGGAGGUUUAAAGAGGCUGAAGAGGCCAAGAAGAGGACAAAAGAGAUUGGAAAGAGACAGGCAAAGGAGAAAUCGAAAUAG